GCCAUGGCGCAGAGGAAAAUCACCGAGUUCUUCUCCCUGCGCAAGGGCUCGGGUUUGGCAGCCCCGGGGUCUCGCGGCCCGCUGAAGCUCCGCCGGAGCCCGACCAAGCCGGCGGGGCCCUGCAGUGUGUCCCCGCGUACCCCGGCACAGGCCCCCGGAGGUCCGACCCCCGUCCCGGCGGCUACCCGAAGCGGCAGCGGGAGGAAGCGGGUCCGCCGGGCUUCGGACCCGAACAAUGAGGCGGAGGCCCCUCCCGUGCGGCGCGCGGCGAGGAGGAGGCUGGUGCUGGCCGAAGAUCCGGGAGCCCGGGAGGAGGAGGAGGCUACGGUCUCCAGCUCCGGCUGUCCCGAAGCCCCUUCCGUGGGGAAGGAGGAGGCGCAGGAGGAGGCGACGGCCGCCCCGCUCUCAGCAGCCUCAGCCCCGGCCGAUGCCGGCCCCCCAGAGCCGAACCUCUCCGAACUGAAGUCUCGGCUGCAGAAGAUCCGGGAACUGACCCGACGGGUGGCCCCAGCCUCCACCCCGAAGGCCCCCGGCAGCCUCCAGAACCGCCUGCAGCGAGCCCGAGAGCUGGGAGCCCGGAUCCAGUCCCGAGUGGAGAAGAGCGAUGUGCAGAGCCCCCCGGAGGAGCCACGCCCCCCGAAGGCGCCCGCCUAUGAGCGGUUCCACAGCCUUGCCCAGCCGGGCGCCCCAGGCCUGGCGCUGCCCUACAAGUACAAGGUGCUGGCCGAGAUGUUCCGCAGCAUGGACACAGUGGUCAGCCUGCUCUUCAACCGCUCCGAGGUGGUCACUUUUGCCAAGGUCAAGCAGGGCGUCCAGGACAUGCUGCACAAGAGGUUCGAGGAGAAGAACGUGGGCCAGAUCAAGACCGUCUUCCCAGACUCGUACCGAUUCCGGCAGGAGCGCAACAUCCCCCCAUUUGGCUCCGGUGGGAAGCGCUCCGACUAUCAGCUCACCAUUGAGCCGGUGCUGGGGCCAGAGGACGGAGGCCAGGGAGCCCCCCAGAUGUCGGCCUCCCGCCUUCUGCAGCGCCGGCACACCUUCGGCAGGAACCUGGUGCAGCUGGUCAAGGAGCAGCACAAGGCUUUCCUGGCCUCCCUGAACCCACCGCUGGUGGUGCCAGAAGACCAGCUGACCAGGUGGCACCCCAGAUUCAAUGUGGACGAGGUGCCGGACGUCACCCCCGCCGAGCUGCCCCAGCCACCCCACACUGACACGGUGACGAGCGCGCAGGAGAUGCUGGCCAGGGCGCGCGCCAUGCUGACACCCAAGAUGGAGAGGGCUUUGGCCCAGCUGGCUCUGAAGACGGCUGAUGGCAGUCCCGGCCCCCGGGGGCCCCCCACACCUGGCUCUGCUGAGCCCCAGAGCCCCCCAGCACCGGGCUCGCCUGAUCUUGGCAGCCCCCCGAAGCUUGUGUCCCCAUCCAGCUCCCCCAGUGCCCUGAGGGGCGUUUCUCAGGCCCUGCUGGAGCGGAUCCGUGCCAAGGAGGCCCAGAAGCUGCAGGCCCUGAUGACCCGCAGACCUCAGCAGGAGGAGCGGCUGCUGGUGCUGUCCAGGCUGCCCGAGCUGGCCCGCAUCCUGCGCAGUGUCUUUGUGGCCGAGAAGAAACCAGCGCUGACCAUGGAGGUGGCCUGUGCCAGGAUGAUCGGCAGCUACGGCCCGUCCAUGACACCCGGAGAGAUGGAGAAACACCUGCAGGUCCUCUCAGAACUGCUCCCCGACUGGCUCAGCCUCCAUCGCGUCAGGACGGACACCUACCUGAAGCUGGACAAGUCCUCAGAGUUGGGCCCCAUCACUGACAGGCUGGCCCGGAUUACCCAGGAGGAGGAGAAGCUGUGACUCAGCCCUUCCUGGAACCCAGCUGGACUCUGAACUGUUUAAAUGAUUAAUUUAAGGACUUGGUGUUUGUUGUGUGUGCCAGGAAGUAGAGACUUUGGGAAAUGUUUUAAAAAAGAUGGAACUCCAGAAAAUAGGACCUUCCUCCAUUUUACCCCCAUUGGAAAAUAAAGGUGAUUUUUGUAGUUGUCAGA